CCCCCGAGCCUCAUCUGGCGAGCGUGCACCCGCAACCGGCACCGCCAGCCCUUGGAAACACUUGGCUUUCUGCGAUGCCAAGUACUCAACUUGUGCGUCUCUCCUCAAUUGUAGAUUGCUGUGCGGUGCUCACGUAUGGUUCUUAUUUCUCCUAAGUCUCCUUGCUCUGGAGCGAAGUUGAACUGUGUUGGGCUUGGGGUAGGGGAAGGAGCCGAGUGGUGUAGCCGCCAUACGUGGAUUGUAUAACUACCUUGUAUUGAAGUGGAUGCUGCCAGUGGCACCGGCUAGUGUGUUGUGGUAACCGGGCAUCUUGGAGGCAAGGGAAGGAGGGUGGUUUACCAGUAGUCUCACUGUUUAGGGCUACUAAUAACAACACCUUGUACUUUCCACUCAGGAGAGCCUUAGGCAUUUGGCUAAUGUUCUUUGAUUAGUUUUCAGUGGGUUUAUAAGUGGCUGGGCCGUAUUUUCCCGUUUUGCAGAUGUAAAAACGAAGGCAAAGAUUUGGAUUCCUAACCGACUUUAAUGAAAUGUGGUCCAAGAAUUUUAACGCAGAUUCUUGGCCGCUUAGAACUUUAAUGAAAUACCGGAACGUCCUCCCUGAGGACGUGAAAGGUCAGAGGCCAGGGUCAGUGGUCUGCAGCAGCAGGCUUCCACAACAAAUCUAAGUUGUCUCUUGGACAAGAUACAACUCUUUUUUUCUAAUUGUUUCCUCUUUAAGAAAGGGGGAACAAAGGUACUGUACGUCUUCUUUGCAAAGUUAUGUGUGUUUAGGGCUGCAAUUUUGCUAUUGCCUUUUGUGUCGGUUCCUUUGAUAAACGGAGGAAUGAGGUUCCCCCAGAAGGAGUAGCCACGCCAGAGACACCUUAAGAAUACACAUCAGGGUCAGAUGAGGGCCGAGAAUUCCCAGGUGGAGGGAGGAAGGAGCCCUGCACAGGCGGCUUUGACACGUGGGCCCCGCUCCUGCCUCCAGCUCUGACUCACCUUCUGACGCUGGGGGAGGAGAAAAGCUGCUUGGUAUUUUUGGCUUUCCCCCAUAAAACGGGAGACAGUUGGCUUCAUUCGAGUCUUCUCAGCAUCCUUGUCGAGCGCGACUGAGCCGAGUUCUCCUCGGUAAUCUUUGCUACUGGCGGACUGCAGAUCUGAUUUGUGUACACUAACCACUGUUUACCUUCUGGAUCCAGACCAAGGGCUGCAGCUCAUUGAACUCCUCAGCACGUGAAGGAGGUUGCGGUCUUGAAUCCUCUGGUGGAGGACGGACUUAACCAUUCUUUGGUCUUGCCCCUCCGAUGAUACAAGUGUGACUGACUGCUGACAUCUUCAUGAGCUCCAGAGGUCACAGCACACUCCCACGGACUCUAAUGGCUCCUCGGAUGAGUCCCGAGGGAGACACAGGAGGCAUUGCUCAGAUCACCUCCUCUCUCUUCUUGGGCAGAGGCAGUGUGGCCUCCAACCGGCACCUCCUCCAGGCCAAGGGCAUUACCUGCAUUGUUAAUGCCACCGUUGAGAUCCCCAACUACAACUGGCCACAGCUUGAAUAUGUUAAAGUGCCUCUGGCUGACAUUCCUCAUGCGCCCAUUGGAUUGUACUUUGACAGUGUGGCUGACAAGAUCCACAGUGUGAGCAAGAAGCAUGGGGCAACCUUGGUGCACUGUGCUGCGGGAGUGAGCCGCUCGGCCACCCUCUGCAUUGCGUACCUGAUGAAAUUCCACAAUGUGUGUCUAUUGGAGGCGUACAGGUGGGUGAAAGCCCGGAGGCCUGUCAUCAAGCCCAACUUGGGCUUCUGGCAGCAGCUGAUAGACUACGAGAACCAGCUUUUCGGGAAGUCGACCGUGCAGAUGAUAGAUACACCCUAUGGUGUCUUUCCAGACAUCUGUGACUCCCGAUACCUGAAGCCUUACUGGGGGAUUUAGUGCUGCCACAGCUGGCACCCGCAGCCCCUCAGCAGCACCAGCAUCCGCCACACACAGUCUUCUCACUCUUCCCCUCUCUGGUUAUCCCGCCAGUGUUUCUACACUGGGUGUUUGCGUUUAAGAGAUGUGGAGGGAAAACACACACUGCUAGUAAAAUUUUUUAAAACUAGCAUUUUGAAAUAGCGAACAUGAAAAUCUUUAACUGGCCUUUAAUCCUUUAUAAGACCUGGAACAGUGUAGGUUACUGUUCCUGCUUACUUUGUGGCUCCCAAGCCUUUUGGAGCCUUGGCAGGUGCAGGAGGAGUCCACUGCAAAGAUCGUCCUGGGCCCUGAUUAAUCCUCUAGAGACCAGAUUUGCCUGUGGCUGAUGGCUGGAUAGAUGUUUAAGGAUAUCAAGGCCAGCUCAGUCUCUACUGGAUUAAUUAGCCCGGUCCUUUUCUUUUCCUCUGUUAUUUAGCGAUUCUAUAAGUUAAGUUUAGUUGAUAAGUGAUUAUGAUGAAAUCUGUUGUAACGACCCUCUUGAAAUCAGUGUGCUCUGGGAUUAUAUUUUUAAUAAAUCUAUCUGCUUAACAUAA